CUCCUCUAUUUCUUCUCAUUUCUCGCCAUCUCUCUCCCGUUCUCUUUCAUCCGUUUUUCCUUCGCUUUCAGAAUUCCAUAAUCAGCUGGCACCUUCUCUCUCGCGUUCUUAGCACAUUAAUUGGAUCUUGCUCUUCGUUUCUUCUCUCACCUACCGCCAUAGCGCUUGAUUUUUCUGUUCUUGAAAGUUUGAUUUUUUAUUUUUUGAUGAUUGAUUUUACGUAUCUGCCUUUAAUUUUCAUUUCACAUUCAUAGAACUUCGAAUUUCGGGUUUUGAUUCAUGCUUUUAUAGGGUGCCGUUUUGAUUUUUAGUAUUUUAUUGGUGAAUUUGGAUUUUCCGGGUUUAAGCUAGUUUAGGUGUCGUUGGUUCAAUUUGACUGGAUCUUUGUGAGCUUUUGAGGGACUGGUCUCGGCGGUCACUCGCUCCGAACACCUUCCCCGGCUUUCUUACCUCAGAUAUCAGGAUUCAAGCAUGAAAACCGAAAUUGAGGACAAAAUGACUUCAAAAGGUGGUAUAAGUGACGAUACUACUGGUGGGGGAAAUGCAGGAAGUGUUGGAGGUAAAACGCUGAAGAAAGGUCCCUGGACAUCUGCAGAGGAUGCAAUUUUAGUAGAAUAUGUAACAAAACAUGGAGAGGGGAACUGGAAUGCUGUGCAGAAGCAUUCUGGGCUUGCUCGCUGUGGAAAAAGUUGUCGUUUGCGAUGGGCAAAUCACCUGAGACCAGAUCUAAAGAAAGGAGCAUUCACUCCAGAGGAAGAGAGCCGCAUUAUAGAACUCCAUGCUAAAAUGGGAAACAAAUGGGCGCGAAUGGCUGCUGAGUUGCCUGGGCGCACAGAUAAUGAGAUAAAGAACUAUUGGAAUACCAGAAUCAAGAGAAGACAGCGUGCUGGCUUGCCAAUAUAUCCUCCAGAUAUCUGUUUGAAAGCCUUAAAUGAGAGCAAACAAAAUGAAGAUUUCAGCACAUUCCCAAAUGGGGGAACACACCAUCCUGAUCUUUUGCAGAUCAACAAUUUUGAGAUCCCAGCUGUGGAAUUCAAGAGUUUGGAGGUGAAUCAGCAGUUGUAUCCACCAGCACUUCUUGAUAUUCCUCCAAGUAGCUUGCUUGAUAUUCCUGCAAGUAGCCUGCUGGCACAUGGCCUCAAUUCUUCUUAUGGCAACAGGUCGGUCCUGUCAACCAUGCACCCUUCUAAACGUAUACGGGGAUCAGAGCCCUUGUUCCCUGGUUUAAAUGCCAAUGCCGGUGAUAUUCUUCCAGCCUGCAGUCCAUAUCAGAAUGACAGUUCUGUAGAGAUUGCAGAAUCCUUUGUGUUUUCUUCUGCAUACGAUCACAGUCUUGCAUCUAGUCACCCAUCAUUCUCGGGUGUAAUCUCUGGCAGCCAUGCCUCUUUAAAUGGCAACUCCUCUUCUUUGGAGCCCACAUGGGCAAAGAAGCUGGAGCUCCCUUCACUCCAAAGUCAGAUGGGUAGCUGGGGCUCACCUUCCUCCCCUCUUCCUUCUCUAGAGUCUGUUGACACAUUGAUUCAGUCGCCUCCAACCGAACAUAAUACUGGAUCAGGUAGUCUUUCUCCAAGAAACAGUGGCCUGCUUGAUGCUGUACUUUAUGAGUCGCAGACUUUGAAGCAUACAAAAAGUAAUUCAUCAGAACAGACCUCUGGUGCUUUCAUGAUGCCUGGUGACAUAAUGGAUAGUUCAUGUCCAGAUCUUGAUGGCACAGAAUUGGAAGCAUAUGGAGACCCAAUCUCUCCUCUAGGUCAUUCUGUUGCAUCGGUGUUUAGUGAAUACACCCCUAUCAGUGGAAGUUCAUUAGAUGAGCCCCAGUCAGUUGAAACAAUGCCAGGAGACGAAGCUAAGCAAGAGGAUGCUGGGUCAGUAUCAGUACAAUGUGAUGACAAGAAUGAUGCAUCAAACCACGAGGAGAUGUUUUCCAGGCCCGACUUCUUGCUUGAUUCAAAUUGUUUUGACAUGAAGGCAGAUCAUGGUAAAAACCACUCAAUCCUAAAAGAUGCAUUUGGGGCAGUUCUCUUUGAUGAUUUUAGCAAGGACUGCAAAAAAAUAACGGGCCUAGGGUGUGUACAAGAUUCUUGUGCUUGGGAUGCCAUGUCCACUUUCUAAUCGAUUUCUUGGGAUUGAAAGAAAAUUAUAGUUUCAAAGUUGCCCAAGAAAGAACAUUUUGUUAUUGAACGAACAUAGGUCGGUCGGUCGGUCUCCCACGCAAUUUUUCCCAUCAGAUGAUCCUGCUAAUGGCAUUGCUACCCAUUUUCAGUUGUAUUUUGUUUUGAAUCAAAUUUCCAUUCAUCUCUGUUGACAUUGCUGUGACUCAACCAAAAACAUAUGCUGUCUCCAACCAGAAUAAUAGUGUGCUUAUUAUGGUUGUCUCCCUGAAUUUAUUAUGCA